AUGGGUGACAGUGACACUGAAACUGAGUGCGCUUCUCAACCUCGUUUAAAGAAGCGGAAGCAGUAUUUGGAACCUGGACAGGCGUUCGCGAUUCCGCGGGCAACGCUCCGAUUCCAGGCCAGUGGUUCCAGCGGGGGUGCCAGCCAGGCUUCAGCUCAUCAUGUGACUUCAGACGCAGUACCAGCAGAUUGCUCCUCGGCGAGAAUCGUUCCUGUUACCUCAGACACCUCAGACUCGGAGGAGAGUGAUGAUAAUGAUCGGUCUACACGUGGUGCCGACAAUGCAGUGUGCGCGGACGACGGAGCCAGCACGCACAGCGGGGGCUUGACGGAGGAUGAAGACGCAAGCGAUGAAGACACCGCUAGUGAUGUAGACAAAGCGAGUGAUGUGGAGGACUUUUUAAAGCUCUUCUCGAAUGACCGUUUGCCAAACUCCCAGUUGAGUGUUGCCGACGCGAUGGUCAUGCUGAUGGCAUAUUCGACGUCAGCUGGACUGAACUGGAAGGAUAUGGAGAAGCUUGUCCAUGUCAUGAACCUGCUGCUGGGAGCUGAAGUGCUGCCGUCGUCUCAAAGUGACCUCAGGGAAGCCAUGGACAACCUUUCGAAGUUUGUGUACAGGUUUGAAGAGCUGUAUGGCAAGGCAGCCAUGACAUUUAAUGUGCACCAGCUGCUUCACCUGCCACAGAGUGUCCAGCAGCUUGGACCGUUAUGGUCUCACUCAACCUUUGUGUUUGAGUCUGGGAAUGGGACAUUGCUGAAUUUGGCGGCGAGGCGAGGGAUACACGGCGAGGAGGGCAACGGAAGAGGAACUCGACAUGGGCGCCCACUCACUAGCGCUGCGGCAGGAGACCGGCGCGCGAGCCUCCCAAGCCGUCCGCCGGAGAGGGAGCGUAGCAACCACUUGGACGGCAACGCCGCGCGCACGCGUACGCGCCGCGCCCACCGAGCGUCGCGCCGCUCACAGAAGCCCAGCGUGUCCUCACCGAGCAAGCGCAACAGGUUGGAGUUUGCAGAUCGUGUUGCCGUUAGGAUCUUCGCGAGUGCUUCGCACGCUUUUGCGACUAGACCAUUGCGUGUGUGGCUGCGGAUCGCUGAGGACUCUUGCAGUUCUUGGACUACAUCCGCGUCUCUUCGUGUAAAUGAUCCUCGAGACGGCGGAGACGACGACGUCGUCUUGACGGCCGAGGUUCCUGGGUUGUGUAAGCGCGUAACGUUGGCUAGCACGGACCAGGAUGGCCGACCAGGAAGCGGCACGUCUAGGAACAACAACAACGCAGUCGGUGCCGUCGCCGCCGCCACAAACGGCACCAGCAACCACGUACCGCAUCGCAACAGCGUCCACGCACCGGCGGGCAAUACGACAGAAGACACCAUUUGUCCGGAAGAUGGCGGCCUCACCGACCAACAGCAGCAGCGGCUGGAACGCGAAGGCGACGACCAGGAGGAAGAGGCCAUCUCGGCGCCCGUGUGCCGCGGCUGCAGCUUUCCGUACCUGCUCGUACAGGCGCUCAUCCACCUGGGCAUCUACAUCCACAAGCUGACGCAGGACGCCUACUCAGUGUCCACCUACUACCAAGAGCAACAGGUCUACUACUGCGCCAUCUCGGUGAUCUGCCUGUUCGUGCCGUCGCUCGUCUACUCGGCCUACCUGGUGGCCGACAGCAUACUGGACCGCUCCACGCCCGCAUCGGACAUCUGCACGAAGCUCGUCAACGGGCUGCUGCUCGUCCCGUGGCAGAUCAAAGGGCACGUCGAAGUGCUUCACUUUGCGGCGCAGCGGGUGUGCAGCUGCAUAUCGCCCUCCAAAGGCGAGAUGGUGCGGCUGCGCACAUUGAAGCGGGAGACCUUCGUGCUCGAGUUCUUUGAGGACUUCUACGCCGGAUUCAUACAGAUCCUGUUGCAGCUGUACCUCAUCGUGCUCUUCAUCAACUCGGACCACACGUCACAAGCACUGAUCGGCCAACUGGUGGGCUCUGCGCUCAGCCUGUGGUCCCUGAUAAAGGCCGUGCAGCGCAAGGACGACGGUCUGCUCACGGGCACGCUCUCCUUCCUGGGCUGGAUGUCCGUGACGGCUGCCCGAGGCCUCGCGUUGUCCUUGCUCACCGCUGUCAUCCACGGCUGGGUCGUGGUCGCCUGCCUCGUGCACGCCGUCGCCAUGACCGCCUGGAUAUCGAGCUUCGUACGGGACACGCACAAGCGCCAGGACAGCGUGCGACGGGACACCAGCGACGGCGUCGUCGUCAGCGACUCUUCCUCGCAGGCUCCCCUGCGCAGCCCCUGCGUCACCACCAUCAUCAUCUUCGCGUUGUUCGGCCUGCCCUCACUCGUCUUCUGGCCCAUCAUGUUCGAGUUCAAGCUCAAGCGCCGCGUCUUCCUCUUCGUGUUCGUCUUCAUCGUUGAGAACCUGCUGUGCUUCGGCGCCUGGCAACUGUGGGGCAGCCACACGACGCCGCACAACUACCGGGUCGUCGUGUCGGCCCUGCUGCUGGGCCUCACGGCGUCCGGGGUGUUCUUCAUCGCCCUGUACGUCUGCUGCAAGCCCGAGAAGACCGACCUCGUGGUGCUGCAACACAUACGCGAGGAUAACGCCAACAAGUACGGCAUCUACUUCGACUUCUGCAAGGCCAUUCGCAUCCUGCCGGACACGAGCGACAUCGCGCGCGACAUGGAGAAGAUACGCAUGCUCAAGUUGGUCAAGUGACGGACUAGUCCCCGAGCGAGAGACGACCGCCAUGCAUUUCGAAAUGUACUUUCGCACAACAUGAAAUAUGCCUCCGAAAGUGCGCGUUGAAAGUGCCCGAACACAGCUAAGAAACUGCGUAAUGUGUGACGUGCACCGGUCGAAGGCGCUGCAAACAUGACAGACAGGAGUGUUCAUUAUGAACUGUUCUCUCUGCGUGAGAGUGAUAUUAAAUAAAGUU